AUAUUUCAAAAAAAAAAAAAAAAAAAAAUAAACUCAAUAAAACCCAAUCUACCGUCUUUACUCGUUACCAUUCGGUGAGCUGCGUUGAAGUACUGUCCUGGUCUUGAUAAACAAGCUCUACAGGCCGAACAACCCUGUGCCAGUCGACACACGGGAAAACCGAGAAUUUGAAAAGCUUGGUCCCGGCCCUUCAGUCCUUUUACGACUAAAAAGGACAUUUGGGAAAAAGAUCUCUACUAUAUCCCAUCUGUAAAAUCUUGUGUUUCCAGAACCAGGCUCCGGCAGUCUCGCUUUCGUUCUUCUUCCUUCUCUGUCAAUCAACAAACUUCUUCAAACGGCCGCAAAAAUGGUCUGUGAAUUUUCAGCGAACUGCAUACCAUCGUCUUCUUCAGUGACGCAGACUGUGUCGGUGGGAGGGGCUGAACAAAAGGAGGGCAGCAUAUCAUGCACCACUUUCAAUAUUCUGGCUCCCAUCUACAAGCGACUGGAUCAACAGGAGCAGGUCUGUAUUUCUACUACUGAAAUCUCACUAUUGUUCUCGUUAUAUAAGCUUCUUUGGAUCUCUCUCUUUUUGUUGGGGGUGGAGCAGAAUCAAUGUCUUCGGGAAAGCGACUUCAGGGCGUUCUGGAUGGGCCGGAACAGGGCAAUUUUGGAUUGGUUGCUUUAUGAAUCGUCCUCCAAUAUUAUAUGUCUUCAGGAGUUCUGGGUUGGAAAUGAAGAAAUUGUGCGUAUGUACCAGGAGAGGCUCGGUGAUGCAGGCUAUGUUUCUUUCAAGCUUGCACGAACCAACAACCGUGGAGAUGGUUUGCUAACAGCCAUACAUAAGAACUACUUAAGUGUUCUUAAUUAUCGAGAGUUGCUUUUCAAUGACUUUGGAGACCGUGUUGCUCAGCUGUUCCAUGUUCAGUCAGUUAUCCCUUCUUUACAAAACCAAAAGGGUAACAUUCCAUUAGAAAUCCUUAUUGUGAACACCCACUUGCUAUUUCCUCAUGAUUCAAGUCUCUCUCUAGUAAGACUGCGUCAGGUUUACAGAAUACUGCAAUUUGUGGAAUCAUAUCAGAGAGAAAACAAGCUCAAAUCAGUUCCCAUCAUACUAUGUGGUGACUGGAAUGGAAGCAAGCGUGGGCAUGUUUACAAGUUCCUUAGGUCACAGGGAUACGUAUCAUCAUAUGAUACUGCCCAUAAUUAUACUGACAGUGAUGCAGAUGCUCACAAGUGGGUUAGCCAUCGCAAUCAUAGGGGGAACAUCUGCGGUGUUGAUUUCAUUUGGCUUUGUAAUCCUAACAAGUUGCUCAAACCAUUAAGAACGAGUUGGGCUGAAGCAGUUUUUGGUAUAAUAAAGUACCUGCUCCGGAAAACGUCAUUGGCUGAAGGUGAUGCAUUUGGCUUUCUCAAGGGUGAGAACCAGGGUGAUUUUAUCACAUAUUCUGCAUUCUGUGAAGCACUGCGCCAGGUGAAUUUAAUUGGUCUUCCCUUCGGGCUUAGUUUCCAAGAGACAAAGGAUCUGUGGGCCCAAGCAGACAUCAAUGAAGAUGGUAUUAUUGAUUAUGAAGAAUUCAAGCAGAAGAUUUGGAAUCCGACUUGGUCAGAGCAACUAGAGGAGCAUCUUGAGACAAAUAUAAAAAGCCCUAAACAGGGUACUGAUGAGAAAGCCAUCGGUUUCAAAGUGAAGAAUGCGGUUUUCUUCCCCCGAGAAGUGGAGCAAGGAAUAUGGCCUGAAAACUACUCUCUUUCUGAUCAUGCCUCACUCACUGUUGUCUUUUCACCUGCAUGUCUGCCUUGUUCUCGAGUCCAAUAAUCAUAAAUAGGCACAUCUGUAGAGAGAAGACUAGCGAAAUGAAGGGGAUGCUCGGAGAAUAGGAUGAGAUAAAAAUUUCGUAAAUAAUAUUAAGAUGAUUUGUGAAUGGUAGCGAGAUAGUUUGAAAAAUGAGAUAGAAAAAGCUGAAUAAAAAAUAUUAUAAAGUUAAAAUAUUGUUAGAA